UUUUGAUGCAUCUAUAUAUUAAGUCAUGUCUAAAUACAUAUAAAUUUUGUCAAACUUGAGACAUCCUUUGCAAUCACGCACAUACAAUCACUCCUAUUAGCGCACAUGCAUUUUACCUAAGCACCUCCGAAAGAUAAGUUAGAAGAUUUUGAGAUUGACGAAAUCACUGCAUACACUUUGUAGUUGGUGCAUCACUCACACUAAAAGGACAUCGUCGGUUAAACCCUGCAGUGCUCAUGUUAAGUUUAGAAGUUGAGCAGACUGAGUCCAUAUGAGGUUUAAAUCUGGCAACAAGCAGAAUAGUAUAUUAUAUAAAUAAAUUGCAUGGAGAGAGAUGGGUCGAUGAUCUUAUGUUUUUUUAGAGGGGAUGGGGAUCGAUGACCCAUUUGAUUAUACUAGAUGGGAAUUGGCUCGACUCCAGGGCUGCAAAUCAGUGCUCCAUAAGUUCCAUACCAAUACGCCGAAGGGCGCUCAGAUCUCCCUCACCAGCUCGACCGCAGUCCUGGGCUCCUGCCUCCAGGCGUGUAUUCAUGCUACUCCAUGGUGCCAGUCAUUUUUGUGCUUCUACAGCUGGGUUUUUUGAAGACUUGAAAAAGAAGAAACGAGUGUCUAAGUUUCUUAGGCAAAUACUUUUCACUAGCUAAGCUAGGUCGCUUAGGCCGUCAUCAUCAAUCUUCUGGGUCCAUCGCGUCGGCGGCGAUCCUCCCCUGAAAUUGGAGGCUAAUCUUCAGGUUAGUGGUAAUCUCCUGCAGGUAUGCUCUCUUCUCAGUUCCUCUUCCGAUUCUCCUGCUUACCUAGUGGUUUAAUUUAGACUCUUACAUCAUGCGCAUUCGUCAGCAUGGCUGUUACCCAGCCCCCCAAGAUCGAUGUAUUUAUCACCAAAACCUUUUUUAAAACCAAUAACACAUACGAAAAUGUCUCAAACUGUUUAUUUGCUGACGGAUAUUCUAGUGAUUAAGUUACUUUUUAUUACAUACAGUUGAUUAAUUAUCAAACUAUGGCAUGGUCGUUUUAAUUUUACAAAGAAAAGAACAUACGGAGUAUAACUUUUUGUGUGUGUAUGUUUUAGAUGCAUGGCAGACAACAUGGCAAGCACGUCGCAUCAUAUCGCAACAUAUGGACCCGAAGAAUUAAAAGAGAUCACUGGCGAUUAUACUGAUGUGCUUGGUAGGGGGGGAUAUGGAGUAGUUUACAAGAUAUGGGAUGAAUGUGAAGGCCACGGCAAACACAAGCAAGGGCAUGAUGGAGUGGAUAACAGCAAUCCAUAAUAAUAGGAGCCACAUAAACAUGUGCACACUGGAACUGCUUAUAUGGGUAGCAUGUGUAGUGUGCGUUCAUAGAGACGAGUGCGUGAGCGGGGCCCGGUCGGCGGCCUGGAAGACCGCGCUGCAGCAGCAAGUGGCGUUCUUCGACAGCAACAAGGACGGCAUCAUCUCCUUCUCCGGGAAAGAAGCAGAUAACAUGGGGAGCAAAUCUCAAAGCACAGACGUGGAACCAAAGUCUAAAGGAUUCAAAGAACUUCAAGAGAUUACCUGCAACUUCUCUCAGAUGCUUGGUGUGGGGGCACAUGGAGUUUACAAGGGAAAGAUGGACGGGAAAGAGAUUGCUGUGAAGGUGUUGCUGGAAAGACCGGGUGGAUAUCGUGUGGAGUUUAAGAAGGAGAUACGUAACCUUUUGAAGCUCAAGCAUCCACAUAUUACACAGCUACUUGGCUACAGCUGUGAAACAGAAAAAAGACUAAAUAAUUUCACAAGAAAGCUUGAUGACACAAUGAAAACAGCUCUCUGCUUUGAGUACGCACCCAAUGGAAGCCUUGAGGACUACAUUUCUGAUGAAGCACAUGGACUUGAUUGGGACACAUGCUACAGAAUUAUUAAGGGAACCUGUGAAGGAUUGAAUUACCUUCAUCAUCGCCCAUCAGGACCAAUUUACCAUUUGGACCUGAAACCCGAGAACAUUUUGCUCAGCGGAAAGUCUGGAGACAUGGUCGCCAAAAUUGCAGAUUUUGGUUUGUCAAGGCUUUUCACUGAUGCAGACACCCGAAUCACAGCGCAACGUUUAGGAACAGUGGGAUACCUGCCACCUGAGUACAUAGAGAGAGGAAUAAUCUCAAAAGAGUUUGACAUAUUUAACUUGGGGGUUAUAAUUCUAAAGCUAGUUGGAGGCAUGGUACCCACCAAGAAAUAUAUGAGAUGCCUCAUCAAGACAUUGUUGAGAAUGUACAUAAAAGGUGGAUGAGUGGACUAGAAGAAGCAUGGCCACACCAAGUAGACAAAUGCUUGGAGAUAGGCUUAAAAUGUAUAGAACGUGAUAGACACAAACGGCCAAAAAUAAGAGAAAUCAUCAAUCAGCUGAAUGAGGUGGAGAGCAUGAGAGAAGGAUCAGUACCUCAUGAGUCAAGAAACGAACCUGGGCCAGAACUAAGCAAGGUAUACGCUGCUUUUAUUCACAUGAUUAAUCCAUGAGAUUCCAAAUAGUCCACGAGAGAAAUGAACACCAUAUCAACUUCUUUGAAAUGGAAAUAUUUGUUGCAGACAAACACCAUAACAAGGUAAAGUAUUAACAUAAUAGAGUAAUUUCUUUAGGAACAUGUUGGAUAUUUGUUACAUGUACUUGCUUGCUGUCUCCGAACGACUGAACGUCGUCUAGAUGCAACAAGUCUUCAAUUGAUCUCACAAUUAAAACACAGAAGUUAUCUAGCUUGCAAUAUGAAAUUGAACAGUGUAGGACUAAUUAGCAUGCAUGUUUCCAAAAAAAUUUUCGAAAUGGAACGCAAAGCCUCUAGGUCUGCAUUCUCGAAUACACACAGCCAUAACUUCAUCGAAAAGAUGGCAUGCAGCCGACCACACCGGCUUACAAAAGGAUAAAAAUAAAAAUCCUCAUCAUCAUCUUUGAUCUUUGACUAGCCUAGAGACAACCAUCUUCUCCAUCACCUACCACAGCCUAUCGUCGGGGACAUUCCACCAACAGAACGGCACCAGACCCCAACAAAUAUUGACCAAUCCAACUGACACAAUCCAGUAUCAAUCGGAAGAACCCUGUGGUUCGAUUAGAGAGAGGAAUAGCGGUAGGAUGGGGUAACCAGUUCAGAAUUUCAGUUUCAACUACUCCCUCCGAUCCUAAAUUUUUGUCGUGGUGAACUAAAACCACAACAAGAAUUUAGACCGGAUGGAGUAUUAGUGUAUUACAGAAUCAACAUCCCACACAGCACAAGGACUCGUCUACUUAUCCUCCUCCCUUCGAGCUCGCUGGACUAUCUUGGGCUUCCAGGACUUGCACCCAGUCUAGGCCUUGGCAGCGACGAUUGAGCCGCAGGAGACCGUCGAGGCCGAGUUGACCGAGGUAGCACUGUAACACCAAUCAAAAAGGUCAGAAUUGGAAGUAUCAUCUCCGCAGUAGAGCUUUGAGGCAACACCUUCAACUAGGGGUAGACAUUCGGUCAUGAGCGGAAUUUUGGUCUUGUAAUUUCGGUUUUUUCCUGAUUCAGAUUCUAUAAUAUGAUGUCCGAACUUUGCUGAAGAACUCUGCUACCUGAAUUUGUCUUUUUCGGCCAUGACCAAAAUUUAUAUAGGUUUGUGAUAGCUCCAAAAAAAAUAUUUAGAUUCAGAAUCAACAUAUACACUCAGUAGCGGACCUAGAAAUGAAAACUAGGAGUCAUGUGUGAGAGCACGGACACCGGGAGUGAGGACACCCCUUUUAGGUUCGGUAGGAAGGGGCGCGAGAGUGUUACGAACUUCACCGUCAAGCUCAAGACAUUGUCGGUUUACCAAGGUUCAGGCCACCUGGAGGUGUAAAACCAUACGUAAUGAUUGAUUUGUAUUGCUCAAGUGGGUGGUUCUGGUGUUACAAUGGAGGACUUGAGCUCACGGCUCAAGUCCUUUCUUUUGGUGACUUGAAUCUCUACGGUCUCUGGUUGAUUGUCUUGUCCUUUGAUCUCUUCUAGUCUCGUUCUUCUUGUUGAUGAAGCGUAAGGGGCUACCACAAUGGCGGACAGGUUUACGCGACAUGCAUAUUGCUACAGAGAAUUUCCACGCUACAAGACGAAUCCGAAGCUGGCCGCCUGCUCUCUGUGGUUCUGCACCUAGGAGCCGUGCCAGACCCGUGGCACAAAGGGUCUUCAGGCCUGUCGGGGCCGGCUGGUGAUAAACCUGCACAAAGCGCUUUACCCGGUCAAAAGGAAGAAAUGACUUCGCUGUGCCCAGCCUGUAGCCCUGCGUGGCACUAGUCACACCCGUAGUCGAAAGGACCCGCGGGCGCAAAAGGGCGGGUAGGCGCGAACCGGCCCGAUCCAAUGGGUGCCCCCAUGACCUACUGAUGUCACGGAUGACGCAUCCCUCCGCCGGCAUCAGGCCAGAUGCCCCCACGGAGCGACGAAGGGAUGAGGGAUCAGGUACUGUUGUGUGCCCAAAGGUAAGUAAUCGGCCCGCACUCCUGAACUCGGGAUACCCUGGUAUUCCUGGGGCCAACAGUAGGUGUAAUCCAUAUACAAAUACAUAUACAUACUAAACGAAAUGUAUAAAGUAAGG